UACAUACACUCACACAUUAAAUGUCAAACUUAGUUCAAGAUCUACAGUGCAUUCCCCCGCAGAGUCUCAGUGCUCCGCAAAAUUUCUCUAAACCACCGCAUAAUCUUCAAAAUUUUCCAGAAAUCCCGAGAAAUGAGCGAAAUCUCGAGUGAAAAAUUCCCCCCAAAAGCCCUAAAAAUUAUCACCCCCAUUGCACCCUACAUCCAGUGCAAGUGAAACCCUCAGAAGUCCCCACAAAUGUCCCGAGACUCCAAGAAAACUCACCAACAAUUCUCCUUCAAUCGUUUAUUCAUUGUCAGAAUGUCAAAUAAACAAUCGACCAGUGAGUGAUGAAUUUAUCGUGUGAAUAAACCGUCUAAUGCCCACGUGUCUUCUGUCACUCAUUAAUGCGAGGGAUUAAACUCAGGGAUGAUGAGUGUGCGUUUGUAUUUGAUAUCGUGAUAUAUCGGUGUUCUGAGAAAGAUGGCCGACGGUGAUACGACGGGUCUCUACCCGUGCCCACUCUCCAGGCUAAUGUGCAAUUAUUAACUAAAACCAAGAGGUUUUAACAUUUUUUUUCAUCUUAGUUUAGACUAUUUUUUACGAAGCUUUGAUUUUGUCGGCUGAGUGAUAGUUGUAAAAACAAUUAUUUGGGGUUAAUAGUGAAUGUGAAAUAGUGGGGGUGAGCUUUAGGGGCGGAAGUUGGAGAAAAGGUUGAACUAGGGGUCUUAUAAUUGUGCAAUUUGGGUUAUUUUUUCGAGAUUGACGAGCCACAAUUGAGCAGAAUGGAAUGGGUGGAGAUAAUCGAGCCUCGUACCAAAGAGCACAUGUACGCCAAUCUGACGACCGGCGAGUGUGUCUGGGAUCCUCCACCGGGAGUUCAUGUGAAGAAGACGGACAACAAUCAGUGGUGGGAGUUGUUCGAUCAAAAUACCUCGAGAUUUUAUUAUUACAAUGCAACGUCACAGAAAACCGUGUGGCAUCGGCCGACCGAUUGCGAUAUUAUUCCACUAGCAAAGCUUCAGACAUUGAAGCAGAACACUGAGCCGCCAAGUUCUGGUGCUAGUGGAGGUGAUGUCCAGUCAACAGAGUCGAGAAGAAAAGAGUCUGUGUCAACGCAAACACAGACAACGUCUGUUGGAAGAUCUUCUAGAUAUGAUCAAGAUAAUACAACACACUUGAGUGGUGGGAGUAAGCCCCGUACUUCGGGUAUAGGUAUCGACCCGAAGCUAUCACCGCAGUCUCCCUCGCCGUCAUCAAGACGUCCCCAUCACCAUCAUCAUCACCACCACCACCAUCAGUACAAUAACCGUCACUCCCAUCGUCAUCAUGAUCAAACAACUCACCAGCCAUCCUCAUCCUCGUCAACCAGACGUCAUCACAAUCACUCACAGGACUCCGGACGCUCGAGUGAUAGCUCAGUGUCACACAGUCGUACAUCGCUGGAGUCCGGUGCUGCUUAUCGUCUUCUCGAAUCACCACAUCGUCAUCAUCAGCGAUCCAAUGUACUUCAGCCCCCAUCGACAUCGUCAAAUCGAGGUCACAGCGCUGCAGGAAGUAGCAGCAGCACCGGUGGCUCCGCUAGUACUCUAGAGGCAAGAUCACAUAAGAGUGGAACACUCGAGAGUAUUAAAAAUCAAAAAGGCAUACCCAUUUCUGGCGAACCACCGCCACUCGGGUUGUCCUUAUCAACGAGCACUCCACUUUUUAAGAAAAAAACAUUCGGGGAACAUCCGAGCCAGAGAGACGCAAGAGGAGGGAAUGGAGAGUCUGAAAGGAGCAGAAAUGGUCGUGAAAGCAGCAGAGGCUCUUAUGGCCCAGAGCCAAGUACCUCUCCCUAUCGGGAAUCUUCGAUGGAGCCACGUGCAUUCAGACAAGAAAUGCCUCCCUAUCGUCCACCCGAAAUUGCGCCACCCCAUACCUCCAAAACUCAAUCACAAACUGAGAAAUACGGUUCUCUGAUAGAAACGAGUAAUCGUUAUCAUCGUGAGCGUGACUCUUAUCACAGAGAUCGAGUGAAUAGCUUGGAGAAAAGUAAUGCAUUGGGUUAUUAUUCUGGUGGUGUUCAUGCUAGAAAUAUGAAUAAAAAUGAUGUUCCUGGUAAUAUUUGCGGAAGCAACAUUGGGAGUAUUGGGAGGCGGCAUCAUGGCUGUGCUGGUUCACUGUCUGAAGCUAAUGUCAGGGAGAUUUAUAGUGCAAUGCUGGCAGAGAGGAGUGAAGCCUCAAAAAGGGGAAAUCAACUUGGAAAUGUCACCAAGCAAAAAAGUCUCGAGGUAUCUGAGAGAUCUAGGGAUAAGGAGAAGGAGAGGGAAGAGUAUGGGCGUACUAAGUGCAAUAAUUUGAUGGAAAAUAGCCAACAGGCACUGGCGAGAAGCUACAGUUUUGUACAGCAGCAGAAGAUGCAGCAGAUGAGGAGACGCGAGCGGGAUGAUGAUUCUAUGCAUGAGAGGUACUUGGUAGGACAGGUGCACGAUCAGAGGCACAGACUCGGAAGUAAUACCAGUAGUAGUAACGAUAGUAACUCGAGUGGUAACAGUGCAAUCUGUGAUGAAUUGGGAGGGAAUGUAGAGGAGGAGGUCGACGAUAGGAAGAAGAGGAGCAAUGGAAAUCCUAGCCCACCUGCCUCACCCUAUUAUGGGAAUUUAUUGGUGGACGCUGAUCACUUAUUGCCACUGCAGCAUUAUAUACUGCAACAGGCUAAGCUCUCUGGUUGUUAUAAAUUCGGAGAUCCUCUAUUAGCAGAGGAAGGCGAUGACUCGUUGGACGAGGAUGGUGGAAGGGAGGUGGACGACAGUGGUGAGGGUAGAGGAAUUUCCGGUAGGGGUGAGGAUGACUCAGACGAUCAGUUUGCGGAUGACGAGGCUGCUAGCAAUCAGGGGGAUUCUUCGAGUCAAGAGUACCUGGAGGAUCACUAUGCCGAUUUGGGCAACUACGACACGGCAGGUUUGGCAACCUACUACAAUACAGCCGAGACCCUCACGAGAUCCCAGGCAGCAAGUUCAGCCCAAGCAACUCUACCGUCAACAGCCCCCCUGGCCCCCUCCCUGACCCCUCAACAAGCCUCCACCAUUCCCUCCUCUCAUCCGGAAAUUCGGGAAACGAGUGCUGUCGGCUCCACGAGACCGAUAUCCUUGCCCGCAUCAAACGUAUUGACAAGCCUAGUCAAAAGCUACGAUAUAGCAGAUGGAGAUGAUCACAGGAGGGACGAUUCGACCAGUGGUGGUGACAUUGAGAAAUACGCGCAGGAUAAUUUGAAUUUAAAUUGUGGAAAACCGAAAGGUCUCAGAUUACUCUUCAGGAAAAAAUUCAGUGUUCGAGAUAUUCUCAGUUGGACGAAGGAUCCUAUUCCCAGGCCAAUGCUUAACGUUGUCGAGGGUGAAAAGUUGCUGAAGAGAGAGGCCUGUAAUUUGUUCAGAUUGGUACAGGUCUAUAUGGGAGAUAGGAAGGCCAAUGUGGGUAUGACAUUGGAUGGAGUUGCCACUGACAUUGUGAAUACGGUAUUUUCAAAACCACCACUGAGGGACGAACUCUACGUGCAAAUUUGCAGACAGACGACUGAAAAUCCGAGGAAGGAGAGCUUGAGACGGGGCUGGGAGCUCAUGGCCGUGUGUCUGGCUUUUGUGCCACCCAGUGCCACCUUCGAGCCUUGUUUGGAGGGCUAUAUGAAUCGACACAGAGAUCCUAACUUUCAAUUUCCCGAGGUCGCCAAGUGGCCGAUUCAUGUCCAGGUCAGCCAUUAUGCCACUGUUGCUUGCCGAAGGCUGCAGAGGAUCGGAGCACACGGCAAGAGGCAACCCAGGAAGGCUACAACUGAGGAUAUCGAUCAGGCUAGACUUCAAAUAUUCCGAGCGUCCAUGUUUGGUGCAACCCUAUCAGAGGUGAUGGCACUCCAGCGUGAUCGUUUUCCCCAACGUGACCUCCCUUGGGUGCAGACAACGCUGACUCGUCAGGUACUGGUACGGGGAGGUACUCUCACAGAGGGUAUUUUUCGUGUGUCAGCGGACGCUGAUGAGGUCAGUGCGUUAAAAUCGUGCCUGGACAGAUUCGAGGACGGCGGAUCCCUUGCGGCUUCUCAGGAUGCUCAUGCCCCUGCCUCAUUACUGAAACUCUGGGUGCGAGAGCUGUACGAGCCUCUCAUUCCAGACUCAUUCUAUGCGGAGUGCGUGUCUAUGAGGCAUGACGAAUCAGAGGCUUCCGCAGCUGGUGCUGCUGCUAUUAUUGACAGACUUCCUGAUCUCAAUAGACGCGUAUUGUGUCAUUUAAUGCGUUUCCUUCAGAUAUUUGCAAGAUCAGAAGUAGUCGCUCGUACUAAAAUGGACGCCAAUAAUUUAGCUAUGGUAAUGGCACCAAAUAUAUUACGUUGUACCUCACAGGACCCACGCGUUAUACUUGAGAAUGCAAGAAAAGAAAUGGCUUUUGUUCGCAUACUAAUUGAGUCUCUGGACACAGCUUGGGUCGAUGAUCUUCACUGACCGUGCCAUCGUAACUAAAGGAUAAAAAAAAUUAAUCUUUGCACUAGCUCCCCUUUCACUAUGCCAAAAAUACCUACGAAAAGAAAAACUUGAUUUUUUGAGAUAAAAAAUCCGCUGUAAAUUAUCACCCCGUAAGAUUAAUUUUUUUUUAAUUUUUUAUUUGUCGUUUAGUGUCGUAAUAAUUGUGUUCACAUGGAAAUUAUAAUUAAUAUAAAUAACGAUUUGCCAUUUUUCUUCUGAAAUUAGUCUCAGAUCGCCUUGGCAAUAAAAAUAAAUGCGAUUAUAUGAUUAGUAUAAAGUAAUGGUAAUGCCAAUUGGAAAUUCUCAUUUCCCUUUUUUUCUAUAAAACCACCAAUCGCUAUUUAUUAUUUAUAAAAAAAAUGAAGAGUUAAAAUACAAGUUUAAUUUGGUGAUUAUUAUAUGUACAAUAUAACGCCUGAUGUAUAUGUAAUUUAAUCGAAAAGAAGUCUUGUUAUCUUGUAAAUUCUCAUCAUGAAGAAGUAUCUCAUUAAAAGAAUAUCAUUGAGAGCGAA